AUGGUUGGCCUAGUUGUAGCUGCUACUUGCUUCCUCUCGAUCACAAGAUCAUGGUGGGAUGGCACUCAUCAGACAGGCUGUGGAAAGGAAUUACCGCCAGGGCAAUUCACAGGAAGCGUGUCAAAUAUCACAAUCAUUAGUAGCGGAUCGGAGCGAUCCUACCUUGUCUUUGUUCCACCUCAUUACUCGCCUUGUGUCGCGAAACCCAUCAUCUUUUCCUAUCACGGAGGAGAUAGAACGGCCGAGGAUCAAUUGAAACUCGAUCAACUCACCAACCCUGAAUUCAAUAAAAAUGCAUUUGUGGUUUACCCACAGGGAAUAAAUGACAAAUGGCAAGGCGUUCCCAACAUCACUACAAACGAUACUCAGUUUACUGCGGAUAUUCUGAGAGACGUUGAAAGCCGAUAUUGUAUCGACUCAAGUCGUAUCUGGGCCACCGGCAAAUCUGAUGGCGCUGGGUUCUGCAAUAUUCUCGCAUGUGACCCCAUUCUAUCUACGCGUUUCGCGGCCUUUGCUCCUGUUUCCGGGGCAUAUUAUGUGGACGCCCUACCCUGCGAUCCAACCACGGUGGUAUCUCCAUGUUUUCCGGGAAGACGGAAUAUCCCUUUCCUUGCCUUCCAUGGAGGAAACGAUACCACCAUUGCAUUCGCAGGUGGCGAAAGGAAGAACGAAUGCCUGCCCUCAAUACCGCAUUUCAUUCGCGAAUGGGCGGAAAGGGAUGGUCUGGGUUCUCACAAUAUCACGGAACCCCUUGCAGAUGAUGCGGUUAUCUACAGUUUCGGUGGCGGAUCUGUUCAGCUCGUAUACGACUCGGUUAUGGGCCACGACUGGCCAAGUACGAUCCUUAAUGCAGACAAUUCAGCAGCUGGCCAUCAUCCAGCGAGCUUCAACGCCAGCCGGAUGAUUAUAGAUUUCUUCGAGAGUCACUCGCUGUGA